AUGAAGAACUCCAGCUCCAACUCGAAUUCCGAUUUAUCCUCAUACUACUGUUUAAACGUCACAAAGUGCUGGACAAGCGAAGGCUAUGUGGAAUACAAUUGUAACUACGGUCAGAGUCAUGGGCAAAUUGCUGUAGAUGCCGCCUGGUCAAAUGAUGCUGCCAACUACGAUUGGGAUGCGGUGCAGUUGGCAGCCAGUUUGGAGACAGCAGCAAGCGCAAUCCAGGACAACGCCAAGACGACAAUGCAAUCACAUCGCAAGGAGCGGACAGCUUUCACCAAAGCGCAACUUAAGCAGCUGGAAGCCGAGUUCUGUUAUUCCAACUAUUUGACGCGGCUGCGUCGCUAUGAAAUUGCUGUGGCCUUGGAGCUGAGCGAACGUCAGGUGAAGGUCUGGUUCCAGAAUCGUCGCAUGAAGUGCAAACGCAUCAAACUCGAGACGACAAAGUCACAAUAGUUUACGAUUU